AUGGCGCGUUCAUCUUCUGCCGAGCCGGCAAAGGUCACCAAGAAGAAGGGCACCCGCAGCGUCUCUACCCUGACGCCGCAGCAGCUCGCCCGCAAGCGGGCCAACGACCGGGAGGCGCAGCGUGCCAUCCGGGCGAGAACCAAGGACCACAUCGAAAAGUUGGAGCAGGAGCUCGAGGAGCUCCGGAGCCUCCAGAGCCGCGACAAGACGGUCCAGGAUCUCCUCCGCCGGAACAAGGCUCUGGAAGACGAAGUCCGCCACCUCAAGGAGAACAUGGGCAUCUCCCUCACCUCGUCGCCGUACUCGGCGCCCACAGGUACGGCCGCCGCCGCCGUCGUCGACGCUUACGCCGUCUGCCAGAGCCUUCGCCGGCUAACCCCUUGCCCAUCAGUAUACGACGACAACAUCAGCGCCACCAGCAGCGGCGGCGCCAUACCGAGCCCGCAGAUGUCGCCCCUGCCCACCGGUGCCGACUACGGCCAGGCCCUUCCCGACUACAGCCAACCGCAGUACGUGCCGCUCUCCAACAGCUCCGACGCCUGGUCCGGCCUGCCCAGCGCGACGAUCCCGUCGAGCGUGCCGAGCCCGUCGCCGUCGGCCAACGACGAGUUCGGCAACACGGCCAACUACAUCCCCACGAGCAUGCCGACGUCGAUGCUUCCCCACGGCGCCGCCAAGGACGUCAAGAUGGAGUUUGAAGACAUGCAGUCGAUGGGUGCCAACCACGGAUACAUGCACCAGCAGCACUCGCACCAGCACGCGCACCAGCAUCAGCCAUCCCACCCCCAGCAGCACCCCCAGCACCAGCAGCCGCGGCCCCAUGCGUGGAACGUUUACCCCAUGUACUACGACAGCGCCCCGCAAGCUGCCUGCGUCUCCCGAUGA